CCCGGAAGCGUUUCCCUACAGCGGCCGGAAACGCUGCACGUUUGUUUCUGGUCGGACCCGCCGGGUGCUGCACGCGUUUCCCGCCGCCCGCCCCCCGCCCCCCCCCUCCGCCAACGAACAGCUCAUGGCCUUCAAUUUCGGGGCGACGGCGGGGGCCGGUGCCGCCAACCCCACCGGUGCGUUUGGAGGAUUUGGGACAACUACCACCACCACAGGACCAGCAUUUAGUUUUUCUGCUCCCACCAAUACAGGCACCAGCGGACUCUUUGGUGCUACCCAGAACAAAGGCUUUGGAUUUGGUACUAGUUUUGGCACGGGAACUGGAACUGGCUUGGGUAGCGGGUUGGGAACUGGGCUGGGCUUUGGAGGCUUCGGUACCCAGCAGCAACAGACCACACUAGGAAGUGGUUUGUUCAGCCAGCCUGCUCAGACACCUGCCCAGUCGAACCAGCUCAUCAAUACAGCCAGUGCCCUCUCGGCUCCGACGCUCUUAGGAGAUGAGAGAGAUGCUAUUCUGGCAAAAUGGAACCAGCUUCAGGCCUUCUGGGGAACAGGCAAAGGGUACUUCAACAAUAACAUUGCUCCAGUGGAGUUCACGCAGGAGAACCCCUUUUGCAGAUUUAAGGCUGUGGGUUACAGUUUAAUGCCCAACAACAAAGAUGAAGAUGGCCUCGUGGUUUUGGUCUUUAACAGAAAAGAAAUAGAUAUUCGAAGCCAGCAGCAGCAGCUUGUAGAAUCACUACACAAAAUUCUGGGCGGAAACCAGACCCUCACUGUCAACGUAGAAGGUGUUAAAACGAUGCCUGAUGACCAGACAGAAGUGAUCAUUUACGUUGUUGAGCGUUCACCCAACGGCACUUCGAGGAGAGUUCCCGCAACGACCCUCUAUGCCCACUUUGAACAAGCCAACAUAAAAUCAUCCCUGCAGCAGCUGGGGGUCAGCCUCUCCAUGGCCAGAACAGAGCUUUCCCCGGCACAAGUCAAACAGCUUCUGCAGAACCCUCCUGCCGGUGUUGAUCCUAUCAUAUGGGAACAAGCCAAAGUUGAUAAUCCUGAUCCUGACAAGCUUAUUCCUGUGCCAAUGGUGGGUUUCAAGGAACUGUUGAGAAGAUUGAAGGUCCAAGAUCAGAUGACCAAACAGCAUCAAACUCGUUUAGAUAUAAUAUCAGAAGAUAUCAGUGAGCUGCAGAAAAACCAAACGACAACUAUGGCAAAAAUUGCACAGUACAAAAGGAAGCUGAUGGCGCUUUCGCACAGAACGUUACAGGUGUUAAUAAAGCAGGAGAUCCAAAGGAAAAGCGGUUAUGCGAUUCAAGCGGAUGAAGAGCAGCUUCGUGUUCAGUUGGAUACAAUUCAGUGUGAACUUAACGCGCCUACGCAGUUCAAGGGCAGGCUGAAUGAGCUCAUGUCCCAAAUCAGGAUGCAAAACCACUUUGGUGCAGUGCGGGCUGAAGAGCGCUAUUACAUAGACGCAGACCUCUUAAGGGAAAUCAAGCAACAUCUGAAGCAGCAGCAAGAAGGUCUGAGUCACCUGAUCAGCAUUAUAAAGGAUGACUUGGAGGACAUCAAACUUAUAGAACAUGGGCUGAACGAGAGCAUUCCCAUCAGAGGAGGAGUCUUCAGUUGACGUGGUGGAUGCUGCUGCGCUUACAUGGAACAUGUUACUCGAGUUCAUAGUUCACCUUCCAAGGCUAAAACCGUUGAGGUAAAAUAAAACACGAAUCUUCUAUGAGCAAUGGUAUUUGGGCUGUUAUCUUUAGAAUUAGCAAAGCCUCUUCUAAGCUUUUGAACUUGACCUUUGGAAGGUUUAUAUUUUAUAAAGCUGUAUAUGCUUUAAUAAAAGAAGGAAAACUGAAUCUGUUCAGAUACUGUUUUACUACAAAACUAUAUGUACUAUUGUACAUUUUCUUUUUUUUUUUUUUUACAACAACAUUGUCCUAAAAAUGCAGUGCCGAGGGAAUUGUUCCACUUGUGACUUAGUUGUGGAAAGCUUAGCCCGCUUCCAUGUUUUUGUCAAAACAAUCAAGUAACAUCAUUAUGUAAACAGCUAAUUGAAAUCAUUACAGAUAUGUAUGUUGCUGUAACUCUGUCAGUCUCUGCAAUAGCAGUACAUUACUGGGGCAAGCUGCAGAAAGUUGAUGUUUCCAGUUUCUGUCCAUCCUUAAGACUGCAACGAUCUGAAGGUUAUGUUUUUACCGCUUUAUGUAUGUGAAUUACACAAAACUUUGCUGCCCCGCAAAUCACGACAGAAUGUCUAAAUGUUGUCUUCUGUCUUUUUUUAUUGCUGGAGAGUAAUAAAUUCAGUCUUGACUUUGUAAUAACUUG